AUGAUAUCUUCUCUACUAACUGUUGGAUACAUAAUAGGAUAUUUACUAAAUCCUCUCAUAAUAGACAAAUUGGGAAGGAAAAAUACUUUACUACUUUAUGGUAUUCCACAAAUUAUUUCCUGGGUUUUAAUAAUCAUAGCCAAAAACCAUAUCACAAUAUAUAUUGCAAGAAUUCUAGGUGGGAUUUCUUACGGUGCAGGAAUUUGCGGACUGACCAUCUACCUUUCAGAAAUCGGAAGUUCAAGAACAAGAGGAAUUUUUAUUACUUUCCUCAAUCUCUCAAUGGGAUUAGGAUUCUUUUUCGCCAUGCUUUUGGGCGCGUCCGUACCCUACAAUUACAUGAAUCUCAUUUUUCUCUCAUCACCAAUUAUUUUUGUUAUAACAUUUCUUUUUGUGCCCGAUUCUCCUUACUUUAUGGCAAAAACUAAUCGAGAAGAGUUAGAAAUGAAAAAGACAAUAAAUCCUUUAUUGCUUAGAGAAAAAGAUACUGAAAAACAGGAUUCAAAUAAAGCGGACUAUGAACUAGAAGAUCAUAAAGAAAAGGAAGAACUUAGUUUGGAAGGAGAUAAAAAAGGUUCAAAAUUUUUCGAUAUAAAAGAAUCCAGUUUAUGGAAAUUAGUGACUCUUCCGAAUAAUCGAAGAGCUUUGGUGAUAGUGAUAAGUCUUGCAGCCAUGGAUGUGUUUUCUGGUCAUAUGGUUAUGUGGACUUUUACACAACAAUUGUUAACUCAUAAAGGAUCAAUUAUAGACCCUGAAAAAGCAACUUUGAUGAUAGCAAUUGUAAAAAUAUUUGCCUCCUUAUUAACUACUCUCAUAAUAGAAAAAAUGGAUAGAAGAGUUCUUAUUUUAUCUUCUGGGAUAAUUGGCACCUUCGCUCAGGGACUUGUUGGUGCCUUUUUUUUCUUUGAAGAACGAAAUUUUGAUAUUUCUAGUAUUAGAUGGUGGCCCAUACUGGGAAUGACAACUUAUGAAUUGGCUUUGGCAAUGGGGGCUUCAAAUAUUUUUUAUCUUUACCAAGCAGAAUUAUUUUCGACUGAAGUUAAAAGUAUGGCUAUAAUGCCCCCCACGAGCCAGAAGAACAUUCCUCAAGGUAUGGCUGAAUUAGAUUGCAUGUUAGCGAAAAUUAAAAUUGACUCGGAAGAAAAGAGCAUGGAAAAGCUCGACAGAUAUCUCGCUGAGCGCGAGAGAAAUAUGCGUCGAUAA